AUGGAGAAUCCUGCGGGGGUGGACCUGUCGGAGGGCAAUGCUGCUCGGUGUCUUCAGUACACUAGCAGCGAGGAGGAGCAGAACCGCCCCGCCCCGACCACCGAGGACAGAGUGGCCGGGAAAAGACCACUAGCGGCGGACGUGCCACCCGCAGAGGCGCUGCCGGCGAAGAGCAGCCAAGCGCCGAAGCGCCAUCGGCUCGUCAAGAUCACCGAUGACGACGACGAGGAGGACGAGGCCGCGCCUUCUUUGGUUCGGAGGCCGCGCAGUCGUCCGGACGUUGCGCUGGUUACCACUGGUCAGAUGACCAGUGACCCUCCUGCCCCACACGUCGAGCCGACGCGUGUCAUAGAGACGAGAUCGGAGGCACCGACCGGUAGGACCAGGAGGAGGUUCUUCACCGCGACGCAUAGGCGCUCCGAUCUCGUGGCGUCGGACGUUGACCCUGACAACGUUGCUGGCCGGGGGACUGCCGAGCCCGUGGUUGUCGCCGAAGAUGCCACGCCGCAGGCCACCCAGGAGUGUGCUGAGGAACAGCCCACGGUGGUGAACGCGGCUGAGACUGCCGAAGAGCACCCGGCCUCGGCAAGGGCCAGAGCGGGCACCCCUACGAGGGAUGGAGAGGCUGCGAGGACGCCUCCCCCGAGCAACGUUGUGGAGGAAGAAAACAGAGCUCCGACUCCCUCGCCAGCUGAAGAAGGGAGAGUCCCAACCCCGCCCCAAGCAGGGGCCUCUGCACCAGUAGACUCCCCUGGCCUGGAUCAGGUCCAGUGA